AUGACUUCGUAUAAAUUCUUGAACCAUGCCAAUCAGGUACGCGAUUCUUCUUGCUUUAUGAGCAAUACUACUACUCGCCAUGGAUUCUCCAAGUCUCAAAUGUGCCUCCAUAAGAUUUUACACAUUAUUAAUUCAUACCCACCUCAAGAAAUCUCAAAAGAAACAUCUUUAAAUCGUGAAAUUCUUGAAUUUGAAGAGAAUAGAGGUAUUGGCAUUGAUUUGAAUAUGGGUUUGAGCCCUGCUUGGUCAGAAGCUGGUGAUCAUGAAAAUCAAUCCCCAGACUCGUCAUGUUUGUUAAGUGCUUGCAGUUUUGUUGAAAAGGGUUUAAAGAAUGAUUCUUCUAUCGAGGUUUUUACGGCUGACAGGAGCUCAAUCUCAGAAGGAGAAUGUUGUGUUAAGGCGGUUGGGGACAAGUUUGGUAGUGAUCCUCCUACAAUUCAAGCAACUGGUGAAGAAUCUCGAGUGGUCGAUGAGACAACCUUAGAAAUCUCAAAGACCACGAAUUUCAAAAACCAAGCCAAUGAAAUCAACAGCAAAAUCAAAGUAAUCAAUGACGGUCAGGAGAUCACUAAGGUCAAAGAAGAAGACACGAAGAAAAAAUCAGUCAAAGUGGAACCAUGCCACGAAGAAAAGAACAAAACCAAUAAAGAUUGUCUGGCUCUUCUUAUCGAAGCAGCAGAGAUGGUUUCGGGUCAUUCAGACGAUAAAGAAUCUGAUUCAGAGAAACUAGAGGAAACAAAAAGUGGGUCAAAAAGGAGUUGCAAGUGUAGUUGGGUGGUGGAUUUGUACGAGGAUAACGCAUCAUCACCUGUUGUGAGAUCUAAAAGAGGGAGAAGUCAGGUGCUGCCUUAUAGGUACAGAGACAGUUCGGUUCUUUUAGAGCCGUGGAAGCGGCUGCCACGACCACAAAAGGCAGAAACCACGGCAGCCACGGCGGUAUCGAAGAAACGGAAAUCAAGGUAA